CCCCGAACUUUACUUCACAUUUCGCACGAUUCUUUCUGUCCUCCCCACCUCCUCCGUCUCGCAAAAUCGAAGGGAGUUAGGGUUCUGGCAAUGGCGGCGAAGGGAGGCGGAUGGGCGGGCGAGAUCCGCAUGGAGGUUGUUUUGCGCGACGGCAGCACGGCUGCGGUGUACCGGCUCGCUCCUCCUUGGGAGCGCACGGAGUCUACCGGUGGGGGCGCGGCGGCGGCGCCCACGGUUGCGGCGGCGCUCACGGGGGCUACGGCAUCACGCGCCGCCGUCCCGGCUCAAGCCGCUCGGCUGGUACUAACCAUUGCAAUUGCCGGCACUACCUAUUCCAUCUCGCUGCUUCCACCCGGCGAGGACGGCGAGGCCUCGUUGGCGCAGAGCACUACAUCGAUGUCGAUCCACCUUCAUCCAAUGGAGGACCGUGCAGCUGUCAGGGUUUACACAAUUGCAGGUGCUCGGAAGAAAUGGAGAACGAUUGGCUUCUACACAAUCUGCAGGAUUAUUUUGAAGGACAAUUUGCCAUCGUUCUCUACUGAACAACUUUUUGGCACUCAAGUUGUGCAGUUCAGUGUCAGGAGGUGUGAAGAGCUAUUAUUUCCACCCUUCCAUCUGAAGUUCAAGCAGGACUUCAAUUCUCUCAAACGACUAGGCAAAGGAACUGAGGGCGAGGUCUUCAAGUGCUCUUCCAACUUCGCUGAAUACGUUUGUGCUGUAAAAAAGGUUGUACCUUCAGAUCUUAUGAUCACGUCAACAAAUUCUGAGCCCAGCGACGUUACUAUCCUCAGUGAGCUCAAUCAUCCUAACAUAGUGAAGUUGCACCUUUGCUGGAAUGUACUUGGAAAAGACUAUUUCGGUCGUCCUGCUGAGGUGACAUUCACAUCUAUGCUGUUGUGUGACAGGACCUUAUCUACCUUCCUAAAGGAGAACUCACGAAUUGAGCUGGAUACUGCUAAUGACAUUUUCCGCCAAAUGAUGAUGGGCCUGCAGCAUGCACACCAGCAUCACAUCGUACACCAUGAUUUAAAGCCAGAUAAUAUACUGGUGGAUGAUAAUCAAAGGAUCAUGAUUUCUGAUUUUGGAACUGCCAAGAAGAAGGAAUCGCCCAACUCAAUGCUUCAGCCUGGCGUGAUUGGCAGUCUUCCAUAUAGCGCGCCAGAGGUUACAAACUUCCAUGAAUCUCAUGAUGAAAAAGCGGACAUUUUUUCCGCUGGGAUCAUCUGCUAUGAGCUAUACAUCCCUACUGUGGCUCAUAGAGAACAGAAAGUCAAGGAGAUGAGCAGGCGAAUUAGGCAAGCUAUGGCGUUAUGCCCACCCUGGAUUAAUUUUGAUCUUGAUUCUGCUUUGGAUGGGACAAAUCUUUUGGAUGAAUGGACUGGCGACUACUCUCUUCUGAAGUUAAUGCUGAAGCCCAAUGGUUCAGAACGACCUUCUGCCUCGGACAUCUUGGCCAGGCUACCAGGUCACACUGCAUAAGAUUUCAAAAGGAACUGAUUUUGAUCUCACUCUCAGAAUCAUUUUGUCAGCUCGAGGAUGAAUGUUAGAUAGCAGCGGGAGCAAGGGAUAUGUACAAACAACAAACAUCUAGUGGCGGACAAACAUGUAAAAAUAUGCCAGUUAGUGUUGGAGAAAACAGAGAAACGUCCACUUUGCAGAAUUUUCUUCUUUUUGCACGAUUGGUGAACUUCCCAUUCAAUCUUUUUUCCUUGUUGCACAAGCGUACAGAUGAACUGCCUAUUCAGGUAGCUCUAAGGAAGGAAGUGAAAACAUCUUUCCUGCUUUGAUUUUGCCAUUUGACAUUAGUGUACAUGAGAUGAGAUCA